ACCAAAGUCCAAACGCCAAAAAGCACAUCUCCUUCUGCCACUUUCUCAAUCACAUCCCAUUUACCAUUUUGCCCUUCCCCUACCUCGUCCUUAUAUUCCAACGGAACGUUCCCUCCCCGCUUUAAUUUCUCACUCUUCGUUACAACCAUUUUCACACCUCUCUCUCUCUCUCUCUCUCUCUCUCUCUCUCAUGGCCAAAGGUGGAGGAAAACUAAUGAAGCUCAAGUCAGUGCUCAAGAAAUGGAACUCAUUCGGCAACAUCACCACCACCACCAACAAGCAGAGCCGUUGCGGCGCCACCGUGAGCGCCGUCGCCAACGACGAACAAUCCUCCGUGUCGGAAGCCGAUUUCCGGCCCGUGUACGUGGGGAAGACGUGGCGGAGAUACUUGGUGAGGCCGGACGUGGUGGAGCAUCCACUUUUCCGAGAGCUCGUGGAUAGAUCACGUGAGUCCUACGACGACAACAACUUCGUCGUCGUGGAGGAGGACACUGUCCACGUGGCAUGCGAGGUCGUGCUGUUCGAGCACCUGCUUUGGAUGCUAGAAAACGCUGAUCCUCAGCCUGAGUCACUCGACGAGCUCGUCGACUUCUAUACUUGCUAGCCCGGUUUUGAAUUCAUCCAUCUUUAAUUUCUCAGGACAUUGCAGCAUUUACGGCUACUACAAUUAUAUAUAGCUGUAUAAAAAUGUCACUUGCACACAAAAAAAAUUAGGUAACAUGUAUUCUGUAAUAGUGUUUAAUUUAUUUUUAGUGUUAUUUUGUAUUUCGACACGUAUUAUGUAUUAUAUUUGAAUAGCUAAUUUAAUAUUUAUUUUUUGUUAUCGCCUAGUAUGUUUUAGUUUUGCAUGGCAGGGCGCCCACAAUUUUGCUUGUGGCGCAAUUUAAAAUCAUAUUUGGUAUAUUACUGCUGUCAUUUGAUUUCAUGGCUGUAACUUUAUUAUGCUUGCAGUUUCAAUGUAUUGCAUCUUAGCUUGUUUAUUAACUAGUGUUACUGAUGAGAAAAAC